CACAGUUUCAAGUCCACGUCAGCAUCUUCUUCCCCAAACCCUAACCCUAAUUCUCCAUAAAUCCACGAGCUUCCAUUUUCACACUCAGAGCUCCAACAAUCAAAGAUUUUCCGAUGGAUUUAAAGUUCGUGAAAUCGCCGAUCCUACACGACCGUGCAUUCGCAAGACGCAUCUUCUUCCGCAUCUUCUUAUUCGGCUCCGUCAUCUCCCUCAUUCCCAUCCUCCACAUUCUCACUUCUUACGAUUUCAAAUCCUUCCAUUUACCCAAAUCCCCACCUUGUCACGCCGUCGCUCGCACCGCCGCCGGAGAUCAACUCCCCCGAGGCUCCUACCUGUUUCAAGGCCAUUUCCUCAACCCCGUUUGGGAUUCUUUCGAUUCAGUCCAUUGCCAAGAAACUGUGAAUCUCACCGUCUCCAUUAUCAAACUUCUUGUCAAUGAAAAGCAUCUGUUCAACCACAGCGCUAGAGCUCUGUUCGUCGGAGGAAGUUCUUCCUCCGCCGCAUCGAUGCUUCAGGAUUUGGGAUUUUCCGGCGCCGUUGGGGUUGAUAAGGGUCGGUUUAUAUCGCUGGAAAAGAGGGUAGUUGGGUAUAAACUUGAUUACUCGAAUGAUUCGUUUGAUUUCGUUUUGUUCAAGGGGAAGUUGAAGGUCUCUGUUCCUGAUUUGGUGGUGGGUGAAAUUGAAAGGAUUCUUGCUGGCGGCGGAAUUGGGGCGGUGGUUACCGGAAUCAGUAGUCCAAUAUCGAUUGGAUUGGCCGGGAGAGUGGGGAAAUUACUGAAAUCUUCUUGUGUUGUGUAUUCUGGGAAUGUUAAUAAGUUGUACAUUAGUGUAUUCAAGAAGAAACAGUUUCAUGAGCUUCCAAUUAAUUGCUCGAGUUAGAUAGGAUUAAGGAUCUCUAAUGAAGGAUUAACACAAGAAAUUAGAAAAAGCCAUGUCUCAUGACAGUGGGUCGUUUGGUAGUUGUACAUACACAGUAAUCGGGGCUCAUUAAAUUUGUUGCAUUGUUAUCUUGCUAAUAUGUUGUUGAAAUGGUUAAGAAAUU